UUUAAGUGGAUUAGGUAAUCAACGCAUGUGCUAAUAAAUUCACUACGCGGUACUUGGCAGCUGCCGCCAGCGCUCUGCUCUUUUCUUCUGCAGUCGCAAUGUCUUCAGAAGAUAAAGAUUUCAAAGGACGGUGUAUGUACUGCAACACCGACGUCGGUCGUGAUAAAGUCAAGACAUGCGGUCGCUGCCGACUGGUACGUUACUGCUCGAAGAAAUGUCAGGUCGCAUCGUGGAAAACCCACAAACUACGUUGCAACCCAAAUUUACGCGAGAGCCUUGCAAGUGACCCUGCCAGCAACGCCCUAAAUACAGCCCUUUCCAGGUGGAUCAAUAACUGGAGGGACGAACUGCAUAACUGGGCGAUAUGGGCAAUGGAUCUUGCAAACAGUCCACCGGACCGACUUGCUACGCAUUGCUUUGUGAUCGAAAUUGAGCGUCGACCGAAUUCUCCGAGCGCUUCGCAGUUUUUCCGAAUGCAUGGAGGAGGUGUCGAAACUCGAGCAAGUUUCAUUGCACGCUUGGAAGAAAUAAACGAGGCCAGCGAGGAGACCGUUGCAUGUGUCAAUGAGCGCCGAGGCACCGACACCGCUCAAAUCAUCAUCCUCUGUGAAGAUUUAAUUCGAUUCUUGUGGUUCUCUCUCCGAGAUGGUGGUGCAUCCUUGCGGAACCGUGACCCUGCUAUGUCCAAGGCACUUGCUGAGAACUGGCAACAAGGCAUGAUUGAUGCAAUCGAAACCGGCCGCCCCCGAGCAUCCAAGGCUCAUCUAGAUAGAGCCGCUAUCAAGGUCAUAGGACCACCUCCCACAUGAAUUAAUCAUACCACACAGCUGCUCAUGACGGGUGAGAUGAGCAGUUCAUUUCGAAUACCACACUCCUACGGACAUUCUCAUACAUUACAUCAUGUAUCAUAAAGGAACAUAUCGCUAUCAGAAGAAUAGGCAAAGCCCAAAGAUGAUUUGAGCAAAACAAUCAAAAAGCAGUUAUGCAGCAGCAGCGGCUCGCUUCAGGAAAUCUUCCUCAUCCCAUCCAUAGUAUUCCUUCAACUUCUUACCGAAUUCCUUGAUCUUCACAGGAUAC